AUGGAGAUGACUUUCCAUAUCAGCCAAGACGGAAAAACGCCAAAACGCAAAUAUACCCCUAUCGCCUGUGAUGCUUGCCGUAAGCGAAAGAAAAAAUGUCACCAUGAGGAAAAACUCCGAGAAUGGGUUGCCCCUGCACUACCCCGUGGAGACAGGAAGUUCAUCCAUCACACUCUGAAUGCAAGCCAUGGGUUACAGCCCUCACAGCUGGCUUCUGCUACCAGUAGAAUGAGAGAGCCCCGACCACACGAUGAACAAAGACCCAGUAGGGUCCAGCCAAGCAGAAGAGGAAACAAUGCACCACGGACAUCUGGAAAUAUUUUCACGCACCGCUUCAUCGGUGAUCUAAACCCGGUUGUGUUUUUCAUGAAUGAUGCAAGCACGAGACUGAUUCGCGGCCGUGCUCACCAAAGUGACGUUGGUGAGUGGCUGGAGGAUGAGGAUGAAAUUCUUGAAGAUAGAGAGGGCACUUUAAAUGGAAGGCUAUUAUCGAAUGAGAUUCAACUCCGGGAGUUUCAGCGAAGUAGCGCUCUCCUUCCCACACGACAGAGCCAGGAGGGAUUAAUUGAUGUCUAUUUCCGCCAUAUACAUCCGGUUCUACCGCUAAUCGAUGAGUAUGACUUUCGAACACUGUUUAGAGAAGGGACCGCUUCUCCUUAUCUUCUGCAGGCAGUAUGCCUUGUAGCCUCAAAACAUCACGAGGCCCGGCCAUUUCUUCUCCUCUCUGAUCGUGCCGACACUGUUCCCCUCGAAACUUUCAGUAAUCUUCUUUACGAUGACCUAACUCACGCUGUGGCAAUGAAAAGAGAGAGAAAAAAGGCGACAAUGAUACAAGUCCUCGCCUUGCUCAGUUUGCAUGCUCCGGGACCUGAGAGUUUUGAGGAUGCUUCCAUGUACCUGACGCAGGCUAUUCACCAUGCCUACACGAUAGGACUGCACUUGACAAAAGGUGUACCAGCACAAAAUGAAAUAUCACUUGUCGCUCUGUUUUGGUGUCUGUGGAGUCUCGACCGCUGGAACGCCGCAAUUCACGGGAGGCCAUUGAUAAGCAACGACAGAGAUAUAGGGCAGCAACUCACGGACGUGAUUGACCUAUUUGAAGCGCCGUUUAGAGUUUGGCUUUCUUUGGCAUCCACGAUGGGGGAGGUCAUGGUUGUGUACCGGCCGACCUUGGACACGCCCGUCAAUGGAAACAAGCCCGAGAUCCCAAGAUUCGAGGAAGUGCUUGACAGCUGCAACGGAUGGAAUAUGUCAUCAGAACAAUUGUUGUUUCUCGAACUGGCGUAUCAUGCCAUUGCUGUUCUGGCCUCGCGGGCUUGGGGUCUGAAAAACCUGCCGCGAGCCCACACCUUAUACUUAAGGCAAGACCUCUCUGUAUAUCGCAUGGCAACGUUGACGCAAAUGUGUGAAAUGGGAAAGUUCUUACCUUUACCAGUAGUUUCAUACGCAAUAUCCUUAGGAUUCUCGAUUUCAUACAAGCAACUAAAGAGGUGUCAACUCCCGAGUACCCAGCACACAGCAAAGCGACACCUUCAAACUUUCUAUAAGAGUCUCGAAGCCUUAGGCCAGACAUGGUGGUCGGCACAGGUCAUGAGUAGGCUUGGGCAACGUGCUUUGGACGGUAUACAUCGCAUGGCUGAAAGAGCGAAUCAGAAUUCUGCAAUGGUGAAUUAUUCAGAGAAAGAUGCAACCGCACGCCCAAACACUUUGGCCAGUUUCCCCUGUGAUGUUGAAACACCGAGUUCUGUUAGGGGCGACUAUUCCGAUGCGAGCCCAAUGGAUGAAGCCGCAGCGACUGAAUCUCAAGCACGACUUGUGAACCAGGCACUCUUGGCUGAAACUAACCCACUGUCAUUUGACUUCGCAAAUAUUGACCAUGAUAACUGGAGCAAUUUUACAGCGGACCCCAUGUUUGAGGGUAUUGAUAAUUUUCUUGGAAACUUCCUGGAUAUUAAUAUCCCCAAAGGGUCGACCCGUCCAGUCUUUAUGCACUCUGAUGUGGCAAGGAAUUCGGGUAGCUUGGAUUACUCCGGUCUUUAUCAGUAG